UCUAUUCCGCUCCGAUCCUUCUAGUGAACCGGGUUCUGAAUCCUAAAAAAGUCGAGUCGAAGCCCACGACAAACCCUAACCCUACUCUUUCUCUCUCUUCGUUCUCCUCUUCUUGCGCUCUACUCCUCUCUCGAUUCCGUACGCAGGUAGUUACAAUGUCUUCAGCUAUGCAACCAACUUACCUUCCUGCAACCACCGACUCAAUCGCUCAGGCCUUAGAGGCUAAAGACCCUUCUGAAUCAAUAUCAAUCCUCUACCAAGUACUGCAAAACCCAUCAUCUUCCCCGGAAGCACUUCGCAUAAAAGAGCAGGCGAUCUCAAACCUAACUGAGCUUCUAACCCAAGAAAAGAAAGCUGAGGAGUUAAGAAGCCUUUUAACCCAACUCCGCCCCUUCUUCUCUCUAAUCCCCAAAGCAAAGACUGCAAAGAUUGUGCGUGGGAUCAUUGAUGCAGUGGCCAAAAUACCAGACACCUCUGACCUUCAAAUUUCUCUUUGCAAGGAAAUGGUGGAGUGGACACGUGCUGAGAAGCGGACAUUUCUAAGGCAGCGUGUGGAGGCAAGACUCGCUGCUUUACUAAUGGAAAAUAAAGAAUAUUCUGAAGCACUAAAUCUUCUUUCAGGCCUGAUAAAGGAGGUUAGAAGGUUAGACGAUAAAUUACUAUUGGUGGACAUUGAUUUAUUGGAGAGCAAGCUUCAUUUUUCUCUGAGAAAUUUACCAAAAGCCAAAGCUGCUUUAACCGCAGCAAGAACGGCUGCUAAUGCGAUUUAUGUCCCGCCAGCUCAGCAGGGGACCAUAGAUUUGCAGAGCGGCAUACUUCAUGCUGAAGAAAAGGAUUACAAAACUGCUUAUAGCUACUUUUUUGAAGCAUUUGAAGCUUUUAAUGCACUAGAGGAUCCCAGGGCAGUGUUUAGCUUGAAGUACAUGCUUUUAUGCAAGAUAAUGGUUAACCAGGCUGAUGACGUUGCGGGGAUAAUAAGUUCGAAGGCCGGUUUGCACUACGUGGGCCCCGAACUGGAUGCUAUGAAGGCCGUAGCCGACGCGUAUUCAAAACGAUCCUUGAAGUUCUUCGAAACUGCUCUGAGAGACUACAGAGCGCAGUUGGAGGAAGACCCCAUUGUUCACAGGCACCUUUCAUCUUUAUAUGACACUCUCUUGGAGCAGAAUCUGUGCCGUCUGAUUGAGCCUUAUUCGAGGGUUGAGAUUGCACACAUUGCAGAGAUGAUCGAAUUGCCAGUGGACCAUGUGGAGAAGAAGCUGUCGCAGAUGAUACUUGAUAAGAAAUUUGCCGGGACUCUUGACCAGGGGGCUGGAUGCCUUAUCAUAUUUGAUGAUCCGAAGACUGAUGCUAUUUUCCCAGCAACUCUCGAGACUAUUUCCAACAUUGGAAAGGUCGUGGACAGCUUAUACAUGAGGUCAGCUCGGAUUAUGGCUUGAAGAUCUUAGGUGCCGUCUCUUUUGCUUAAUCUCAGAUUCUCUUUUAAUAUUUUAUGGUCAUGUACGAGUAUAAUCGUCGCGUGAUUAAAUGGAUUGUUGUGUGCUUCAGUUUGCUUUGCAUUCUAUUUCCUUCCUUUUGCUCCAUUAGUAAUUAUGCACACUCGAGGGAACUGUCGGUGGAAAUCACAUCAAUCAGUUGAUAUCGUGUAUGAACUAUAGCGAAUAUUUAGUCGCAUAGAAUUAUCUCACUAGCUAAUGUGUGUUAUAUUCGGAUUCCUCCAGUUAUUCACAUACUUUAUUCCUGAUUUGGGUCACUAUCUAUUCGUGGUGUUAAUAACUGGUCAUCAAGCGGUACAUUUUUAUUGGCUUUUUA